UCGCCUUCCACGUUUUCACACUUCAACAAACAUCUGUAACCCCUCCACAGCUCCACUCCUCCCACGUAUGCCUCCAGUUCCCCAACCUCCUAAGCUGAAAAUUCUCUCCUCGGCUUCCCCUCUUACAAAUCCCCCAUUCUCUUUAUUCUCCGUCUCAGCUGCAUGAACACCAUACCAAAGUCAUGGCAACAGGAAUGGCGGCUAGGGGCUUCCUGGGCCCUCUUCUAUCUGUCAACCUUGCCAUGUACAUCGUCGUCCUCGGCCUCGCCGGAUGGUCCCUCGAUAAGUUCGACGACCAAGAGGCUCACCGACAUUUAGGAGGGAAUACGUCGACGAGCUACCUGCUGAUCUUCUCGUUAACGGCUGGAGCAAUGGGUUCGUGCUCGGUGCUGGCAGGCCUGCUGCAUAUUAGGGCAUGGCGGAGCGACAGCUUGGCUAGUGCAGUGUCCUCUGCAUUGGUUUCUUCGGCUCUAACAGCCCUCUCCUUCGGUCUUGCAUGCAAGCAUAUCAAUUUGGGAAAUCGAGGGAGACGUCUGGUACUUUUAAGUACUCCAAUCAUUCAUAAAGCAUGGAUUAAAAUUGUUCUCAAACAUGUAUUGUGUUUAAAUGUUGCAGAGGACUUUGGAGGCAUUUAUCAUUAUUUUGACAUUCACACCGCUGCUUUACCUGAUCCUGCUACAUGCUGGCAUCAUGAGCAACAGAUAUGGCCCUGGUUACCGGAACUACAGCACUAUGGAGUAAUGUCUCAUGACACUCAGAAGGAUUCAACCACAACAGCACCUCCAGAUGCAUAAAUAUAUCAGUGGUGUUUAAUCUGAUACAAGCUCAACUUGGUUGGGCUUCUGUUCUCCAACUUUCCUUUUUCCCUUAAAUUUUUAUCCUAUCCGAAGUUAAAAACUCAGAACCUUGUAUCAGCUCAAAGUAAUCAUUUCAGUGAGUUGUGUCU